ACGAGGGGUUGAAGUGCGGGAAUCCUGGUCUGCCUUUGAGCAGUCUGGAGAUUGUUAGGCAAAGGGGGGGAUCGCGUGGCUCCGGAACGCUUGGGGCAAGGAAGGAGCCAGAAUGGCCUGGGCUCUGAAGCUGCCUCUGGCCGAUGAAGUGAUUGAAUCCGGGCUGGUGCAGGACUUUGAUGCUAGUCUGUCUGGCAUCGGCCAGGAACUGGGUGCUGGUGCCUAUAGCAUGAGUGAUGUCCUCGCAUUGCCCAUUUUCAAGCAAGAAGAGUCAAGUUUGCCUCCUGAUAAUGAGAAUAAAAUCCUACCUUUUCAAUAUGUGCUUUGUGCUGCUACCUCACCAGCAGUGAAAUUACAUGAUGAAACCCUAACAUAUCUCAAUCAAGGACAGUCCUAUGAAAUUCGAAUGCUUGACAAUAGAAAACUUGGAGAACUUCCAGAAAUUAAUGGCAAAUUAGUGAAGAGUAUAUUCCGAGUCGUUUUCCAUGACAGACGGCUACAGUACACUGAACACCAGCAACUGGAGGGCUGGAGAUGGAACCGACCCGGGGACAGGAUCCUUGACAUAGAUAUCCCUAUGUCUGUGGGUAUAAUCGAUCCUAGGGCUAAUCCAACCCAACUGAACACAGUGGAGUUCCUGUGGGACCCUGCAAAAAGGACAUCUGUAUUUAUUCAGGUGCACUGCAUCAGCACAGAGUUCACCAUGCGGAAACAUGGCGGCGAAAAGGGAGUGCCUUUCCGGGUACAGAUUGAUACCUUCAAGGAGAAUGAGAAUGGGGAAUACACUGAGCAUUUACACUCAGCCAGCUGCCAGAUCAAAGUCUUCAAGCCCAAAGGUGCAGACAGAAAGCAAAAAACAGAUAGGGAGAAAAUGGAGAAAAGAACUCCUCAUGAAAAGGAGAAAUAUCAACCUUCUUAUGAGACAACUAUACUCACAGAGUGUUCUCCAUGGCCUGAGAUAACAUAUGUCAAUAAUUCCCCCUCCCCUGGAUUUAAUAGUUCCCACAGCAGUUUUUCUCUUGGAGAAGGAAAUGGUUCACCAAACCACCAGCCAGAGCCACCCCCUCCAGUCACAGAUAACCUCUUGCCAACAACCACACCUCAGGAAGCUCAACAGUGGCUGCAUCGGAACCGUUUUUCCACCUUCACAAGGCUUUUUACAAACUUCUCAGGAGCAGAUUUAUUGAAACUCACUAGAGAUGAUGUAAUUCAGAUCUGUGGCCCUGCAGAUGGAAUCAGACUUUUUAAUGCAUUGAAAGGCCGGAUGGUGCGGCCACGGCUGACCAUUUAUGUCUGUCAAGAGUCCCUGCAGUUGAGGGAGCAGCAGCAGCAGCAGCAGCAGCAGCAGCAGCAGAAGCAUGAGGACGGGGACUCCAACGGUACUUUCUUCGUGUAUCAUGCCAUCUAUCUCGAAGAGCUGACUGCUGUUGAACUGACAGAGAAAAUCGCACAGCUUUUCAGUAUCUCCCCUCACCAAAUCAGCCAGAUCUACAAGCAGGGGCCAACGGGAAUCCACGUGCUCAUCAGUGACGAGAUGAUACAAAACUUUCAGGAAGAAGCUUGCUUUAUUCUGGACACAAUGAAAGCAGAAACCAAUGAUAGCUAUCAUAUCAUACUGAAGUAGGUGUGGGCCUUCCAUCCUCAGUGGCUUCUGCUUCCUGCGCCUCCUGGAAACCUCUCCCUCUUGAAGGGGCGGAAAAUGGAAAUUUGAAGGUCUGCAGGAACCUGACCCAUGUGACUGUGGGAGUCCAGGCCGUGGAGGCCGAAUCCCUGCCAUUAGUGUUGACCCAAGCCCCUGAGGCACACGGAUUACUGCCCAGCAUCCAUUUCUGCAGCUGUUUCUUAGUUUAAGUUUCUGGGCCCUGUCGUUGUGGAGUAUCAGUAGAAACUACAUACCAUCUAGGCUGUAUGUAGGGCGUGAUAAUGAAAAUUGUGUGAUGUUUAAUGGAAAGAUGUUAACUUUUUGUGAUAUGGAGCCAUGUAAUUCUUUUCUAAUAUAAAAGUGAACAUCUAUAUUCCUAAGACUAGAUCCUCAAUCUCUUUUGCAUCAAACAUAGUGGCUUUUUCCCACAAUUGGAUCCUGAAAACCUCAUAAAAGGAGAAAUUUGUUUUCCUUAAAUACUAUGACUGUUAGUAAUUUUAGCUAACAUUUAUGGAGCAUUUACUUGUGCUGAACAAAUCAAUUCUUUAAAUGGAUUAUCUUAUUUAAAUAUGCUUAAUAACCCUAGAUGAAGUAGGUAAUGUUGAUCCCUAAUUGAAGCUAAGGAAAUGGAGACACACAGUGGCCAAGUCCUUGCUGGGUAAUAGGCAGGCGUCUAUGGGGGGUGGGUGCUGAGAGCCAAACCCAGGCUGUCCGGCUCCUUUUAACCAGAGCCCUGACCACAGCCCCUGCUGGCCAUCCUCUUCUGGUGAGUAGGCGCUACCUGAUUAAAAACUGAGAAAUCAACCACUGAAAGGGACAAACCUAGUGAGGAAUGAGUCAAAAGUUACACAGAAUAAAAGCAUACAUGCUUUUUAAGCAUCAUCAGUUUUCUGAUUAAUAGAAUCUGAGGAGGUGAAAAAUAGGGAUUAUCUGUAACUCCCGGAAUCCUUUGUUCUUGAGUGAUAUCAGACUAUUGAAUUAAGCUAACAUCUGCUUUCUGAUUAUGCAUUCUACAUCUUCUCGGUGCAAGAAGUUCUUAUGUAGUAUUCUUUUAUAUAAACAUUACAAGAAAUUCAUUCCAAUCCCA